AAUAAUUUAUUUUUUAUUUUUAUUUUCUAUCUCCCCUUUUUUAUUUUCAAUAUCAUAAAUCAUGUCCGCUGAAAUUAGAAGAAAGUUAGUCAUUGUUGGUGAUGGUGCUUGUGGUAAAACUUGUUUAUUAAUUGUAUUUUCAAAGGGUACUUUUCCUGAGUUCUAUGUCCCUACUGUGUUUGAAAAUUAUGUUGCUGAUGUUGAAGUAGAUGGAAAGCAUGUUGAAUUGGCUUUAUGGGAUACAGCAGGCCAAGAAGAUUAUGACCGUCUUCGUCCUCUUUCUUAUCCAGAUUCACAUGUCAUUUUAAUUUGUUUUGCAAUUGAUUCACCUGAUUCCUUAGAAAACGUACAAGAAAAAUGGAUUUCUGAAGUACUUCAUUUUUGUCAAGGACUUCCAAUUAUUUUAGUUGGUUGUAAGAAAGACUUACGUAAUGAUCCUGCUACAAUAGAGGAAUUGAGAAAGAAUUCACAAAGACCAGUUACAAGUGCAGAAGGUUCAGCUGUUGCUCAAAAAAUUAGUGCUUAUAAAUAUCUCGAAUGUUCUGCAAAAUCAGGAGAAGGUGUUCGUGAAGUAUUUGAACAAGCAACUCGUGCUGCUUUGAUGGUAAAUAAAAAGAAGAAGUCUAAGAUGUGCAAUCUUUUGUAAGAGAUGUGUACAUGUAAAAAAGAAAGAAAGAAAAAAAAAGCAACUUUUUUGUUUUACUUUUAAUACUUUUAUAUACACACAUAUAAAGAUUUAUUAUUAUUAUUAUU